UUUGUUCCCUGAUUUAUGAGUUUAUUCGGGUCAUUUGGACCUGGGGCGGCUUUGAGUGGACCGGGGGUUCUGGUUGGUCGGCAGAAAGUCGGUUCUUUCCAUCAGAACCCAAAACCCAGAGCCGGUUCCUUUGUUUCUGGUUCUGUUUCCUCUCUCAGGCCCGACGCUUGGACGGACACCGGGCCCGCCCCCCGACCCGGUUCCCAGCCGUCCUACCUGCUGCUGGCGCCGGCGGCGCUCCGACCCGGACUCCCCACCUCGGUGUCGGUCUCCAUCCUGAGCUCCUCCGCCUUCACCGUCUCGGCCCACAUCAUCCAUCAGGGCCAGACGCUGUCCUCCAGCUCCACCACGGUUAGAGGAGGAACCACCGGCCUGCUGACUCUGCCCGCGAUCCACAAGGCCCGGCCCGGACGGCCCUACAUCCUGAAGGUCAGGGGUCACGGGGGCGUGGACCAGUUCUUCUCCAACUCCACGGAGCUGCUCCUGCACGCCGGCAUCUCCACCUUCAUCCAGACGGACAGAGCCGCCUACCUGCCGGGCCAGGUGGUGAAGAUCCGGGUCGUGUCGGUUCUGGCCGACGGGAAGCCCUGCGUCGGCCCGGCACACAUCCUGAUCCGAGAUCCCAGAGGAAACCGGGUCAGGCAGUGGCUGGACGAAGCCGGCGUCCUCGGGGUGGUGUCCGCAGAGUUCCCGCUGUCAGGACGUCCUCCUCUGGGGCGGUGGAGCGUCACGGCCUCCGUCAGCGAACUUAGCAGGCGGCAACAGAACCGGGCCCAGAGCCAAACCCGGUCUGCUCAUGAUGUGGUUGGAAGAGGUCCAGGAAAGGAGAAGAUGCGAGAAGGUUCUCUAGUCCUGAAGCAGAACCCGGCCGCCUGGCAGCAGCUAAUGUCUGUCUCUCUGCAGGGCGUCACCAGUGAGAAGUCCUUCACCGUGGCCCACUACGUUCUGCCAAAGUUUGAGGUUCUGAUUGACGCUCCGGCGGCCGUCCACCAGGAGGACGUCCUGGAAGGCUUCGUUUCUGCAAAGUACUCGUACGGCGAGCCCGUCCGCGGACGCAUGGCCGUCACCGUCAGUCAUGGAUCCCACGGCGACGUCCAGACUCACAGCGAGGAGCAGGAGAUCGACGGCUCUGGGAAGUUCUCCUUUGUCCUCUCUGACUUUCAUCACGCCUGGACCAGAACCACGCGCUACCAUGAACGCUCAGACCACCUGACCAUCCAGGUGUCUGUGACUGAACACCUGACAGGUCUCACUUAUAACAACUCGGUGAACGUCACCUUGGCUAAAAAGAGGUUCCACAUUCACUUUGAAGACUUUCCUAAAGUACUGAGACCAUCGCUGAGCUUCAGCGGGCGGCUGAAAAUAUCAAGGUACAACGGCGAGCCGCUGACGGCGCAGGAUCAGACCAAGACGGUGAAAGUUUCAGUGCUGCAGCAAAAGCAAAGGUUGUGGGAUCAGAUGCUGGAGGAGGAGAUGCUGUUCAGCGGCAAUGACUCUUCCAUGAUGGACCCUGACGAGUCCUCAGGGAACCUGGAGGUUCCUCUCCCUGCAGACGGAGUCGUUCCUCUGGACAUCCGGGUGCUGAACGACACGCAGCAUCUCACCGUUGAAGUUUCUUUUGAGGAUUGCCAGAAGACUCUUUCCCUCGACAUGAUCUACGCCUCCCCGAGCCACGCCUACCUUCAGGUUCAGAGACCCUCCAGGCCUGCAGAGGUUGGUUCACGACUUCAGCUGAAGAUUGAGAGGAACUUUGCGAUCACUGAUGUUCACUACUUGGUGAAGGCCAGAGGUCAGCUGGUUUCUGCUGGGAGAAGUUCAGGGGAUCUGACUCUGGUCCCUGGGGCCUCCUGGGCUCCCCUGGCCUCCAUCGUUGUCUACUGCGUUCGUCCUGAUGGCGAAGUCGUCAGCGAUGUAAUCCAUCUGCCCAUGGCCCGGUUUCUACAGAACAAGGUAUCUCUGAGAUGGAGCAGCGACAAGGUGAAGCCUGCUGAGAAGGUCGCCCUGCAGGUGUCGGUGGCAGAGCCCGGUUCCCUGGUUGGGAUCCUGGUGGUGGACAAAGCAACGCGCUGGGCAGGGUCACACAACGACAUCAGCAUGGAGACGGUGCUGAAGGAGAUAAUGGAGCCGGGCGCUUCCAGAGGCGAAGCCCACAGAGACCAGAUGACAAUGGGAGAUGCCUACUCCAUUUUCCAGAUGUGUGAUCUGGCUGUGAUGACUGACGCCAGUUUACACAAAGCAAGUCCAACGUGGCACGAUCUCAGUGAGUCUGGAGCAGAACCUUCUUCUCCUACAGUCAGCCAGAUGAUCAUGCUAGAAGCUGAAUCGUGGCCCAUGUGUGGAGGACAUCCCGGCUUUGACUCCAUGGACCUUCUCUCUCAGCCAACCGCAGAGGUGGAAACAGCUUUCCCUCUCCAGAUGGACGCAGAACCUUUUGAGAAGCAACCAGAGCUGCACGAGCGUCAGAACUUUCCAGAAACCUGGGUCUGGAUGGACAUCAUCAUGGGUCCUUCAGCCAGCCAGGAGGUUCCUCUGACCGUUCCUGACAGCAUCACCACCUGGACGGCCUCCGCCUUCGUGGUGUCAGAGAACCUGGGUCUGGGGAUCACAGAGAGCGCGGCGGAGCUCACCGUGUUCCAGGACUUCUUCUUGUCCCUCAACCUCCCCGCCUACAUAGUCCGAGGAGAGGAGCUGGUGCUGGAGGUGGUUCUGUUCAACUACCUCCAAGAGGACCUGGAGGUCACCGUCAUCGUGGCGGACAGCAGCAGCUUUGAGUUCAUCUUCCCGGACAGCGAGGCGGUCUCCAUGGCCAGCGUCCGCCACGUCUACCUGGAGCGAGAGGGCGGGGCCACCGUCCUGAUCCUCAUCAGGACCCUGGUCCUGGGAGAGAUCCCCAUCUCCGUGAAGGCCGUGUCCUCUGCAGCGUCUGACUACGUCCGCACGGCCGUCCUCGUUAAGGCUGAAGGACUCCAGCAGACCUUCUCCUCCUCGCUGCUGUUGGACCUGCAUGAGAAGAAGUCCAGCGUCUCCAGAGACGUGAAGUUCUCCUUCCCAGCAGGCGUGGUGGAGGGCAGCCAGAGCGUCUCCGUGACCGCCGUCGGAGACCUCCUGGGCCCGUCCAUCACGGGUCUGGACUCGCUGAUCCAGAUGCCGUCCGGCUGCGGGGAGCAGAACAUGGUCCACUUUGCUCCCAACAUCUACGUCCUGCAGUACCUGAGGGCCAAGGGCCCGGUGGACCCGGUGACGCAGCGAGCCACAGCCUACAUGAUGAAAGGUUAUGAGCAGGAGCUUUCCUACCAGAGGUCCGACGGCUCCUUCAGCGCCUUUGGGGAGCAGGACGCGUCUGGAAGCACCUGGCUGUCUGCGUUCGUGCUGCGCUGCUUCCUGCAGGCCCGGCCCUUCAUCAGCAUGGAUGAGCGGGUUCUGGGCAGCGUGGCGGCGUGGCUGGCCGGCCAGCAGGGCGGCGAUGGGAGGAUGCUGGAGCCGGGCAGAGUGAUCCACACCGAGCUCCAGGGAGGUCUGGACGGACCUGUGUCCCUCACGUCCUACGUCCUGAUGGCUCUGCUGGAGGACAGCCACACCAGGGCUCAGUACGCCACACAGGUGUCUGCCGCCCGGUCCUACCUGGAGACCCGUUUGGACCAGGGUGUGUCCAGCAACUACAGCCUCAGCCUGCUCACCUACGCCCUUGCUCUGGCAGGUAGCCCCGCCUCCCAGACGGCAGUGAACCGUCUGAUUGGACGAGCGGAUGUGCGAGACGGCGUGCCGACGUGGUCGUCCCCUGAUGGCGGCCUGUCGUCAUCAUGGCAGCCUCGCUCUGCAGACAUCGAGAUGGCGGCCUACGUGCUGCUCUCUCUCCACAAACUGGACCGGGUGGCUGAAGGCCUCGGUCUGCUGAAGUGGCUCAGCCAGCAGAGGAACCACCUUGGAGGAUAUGGCAGCACUCAGGACACGGUGGUGGCUCUGCAGGCCCUGUCCAGGUUCACCGCUCUGGGAGGGGCGCAGCGCUCAGACAUUAACAUCAGAGUCACCAGAGACUCGGACACCGUCGCCUCCUUCCACAUCGACCAGGACAACGAGCUGCUGCUUCAGACCCAGCAGAUUGAUCCAGAGCCUGAGCUGAGUCUCCAGGUGACGGCUGAAGGCCGUGGACUCGCCCUGUUCCAGCUGAACGUGUUUUACAACAUCAGGACCGAGGAGCUGAGGAGGAGACGGGACACGGAUGAGCAGGAAGCCUUUUAUCUGUAUGUGCACCUGGUUGACCAUGGGCUGAACGACACGUACCUGUACAUCUGCAACAGUCUGUCCUGGGAUCUGGGCCUGAACGAGACGGGAAUGGUUCUGAUGGAGGUGGGUCUGCUCAGCGGCUUCGCUCUGCAUCCGGACCUCGUCAAACUGGACGGCGCUGUGAAGAAAGUGGAGACGCAGCUGGGGAAGGUGGUCCUGUACCUGGACUCUGUCUCGACUCAGGAGACGUGUCUGUACGUUCCUCUGCUGGUGGAGUUUAAGGUGGGGAAGGUCCAGGAAGCCACCGUUGCCGUCUACGACUAUUACGAACCAAGACGGAGGACCGUGAGGUCGUACAGGUCGUCGUGGAGGGGCGAUGCGUCCGUCUGCUCCUUCUGCGGGGAGGACUGCAGUCAGUGCGGAACGAACGACUACAGCCUGAACGCUGCGCCCCGCCACGGCCGCUGCGCCCCGGCCAGCGGCGUCCUGCCCGCCCUGCUGCUGCUCUUCAUCAUCUGCAGCAAUUAAAGAUGGCCGACAUGGGCUUAGUCUGGGUUCAGUGCUGGAUGGGAGGGCCGAAGUGUUAGGUUCCACAUGUAGGAGACGUAGAGGAACAAAUACAUGUGGAUAAAUUGUGAUUCUGUCUGGAUUCUUUCCUCUGGUUUGAUACUUCAAAAAUUAAUGCAAAAUAAA